AUGCACUCAAUCACCGCCGCUUUCAAGCCCGACUCUUCGGGUACUGCGCCCAAGCAGAUGCCUUACAUACCCCAUCUGAAGCUCAGUGAUGGGACCGAGAUACCCAUGCUCGCGUACGGCCUGGGCACCGCUCGAUCCAAGGCCAAGGGAAAGGCUGACUUGGAUGACGAAAUUGUUAAGUUGGCCACUAUGGCCAUCAAUAAUGGCUACUUCCAUCUGGACGGCGCUGAGUCAUACGGCAACGAGGCCGAGCUCGGCACAGCCAUCAAAACCGCCGGCGUGCCGCGGGAGAAGCUCUACGUGACGACGAAGCUUUGGGACGCCAAGAAGCAGGACGUCCAGACGGCGUUCGACACCUCGCUCGCGAAGCUGGGCCUCGACUACGUGGACUUGUACCUGGUUCACUCGCCCUUCGUGGUGGACACGGCCGAGGAGCUGCAGGAGGUGUGGGCCAAGAUGGAAGCCAUCAAGGAGUCUGGAAAAGCCAAGUCUAUUGGGGUAUCCAACUUUCUGCAGGAGCACCUCGAUACGAUUCGCCAGACAGCUAAGAUCCAGCCGGUAAUUAACCAGAUCGAGUUCCACCCGUAUCUCCAGCACGGGGAUCUGCUCGAGUACCACCGCAAGCAUAACAUUGCCGUGUCGGCGUACGGCCCGCUGACCGCGGUUACUAAAGCGUCUCCGGGGCCGCUUGACGGGAUGUACAAGGCGCUCGCGAGCAAGUACGGGGUGACGGAAGCGGAUAUUGCGUUGCGGUGGUGCAUUGACCAGGGGGUUGUGACGAUUACCACGAGCGGGAGUGAGCAGAGGCUGCAGGGGUACAUGAAGAAACUUCCAGAUUUCAAGCUCACGCCGAAGGAAAUCGAGCAGAUCUCAGAAUUGGGGACUGAAAAGCACUUCAGGGGUUUCUGGAGUAACAAGUUCGCUGCUGAUGACCGAAGAUAA